GCCAACUGCAUCCCAAAAAAUCAAAACAGCCAGUAUCAACCACUCUGCCCAUUGCUCCUGAAUCACUCGUGUUGUACACUCCCAACACAAUCCAUUCCCACUGGGUUCUACCUGGCUGCUUGGCCUUUGCGAACUGCAGCCCGCGUGGUGGCUGCAACUAUCAUAGCCUCCUCCUGGUGGGGCCAGGCUAUGUAUAACGACCUCUAACCACCAUGAGUCGCUAUCUCACCCCUUCCAAGGUUGCCCUCCUUUGUCUCAUCUCCAUCUAUACUGAAGGUGUUGUUCCCAACUCCUCCGCCAUUCAUGUCCUCUCGUAUCUGGUGACUUGUCUCAGCCCCUUGGAAAGAGAACAAUCCGUUUCCCCAUCGGGAGAUCAGACAACGCAAUGCUCCGUCUCCAUCACUGACCUGAAGGAUAAACUAACGGGCCACCCGUCCUCCAUCCCUGGCCGUACAAUCUGGGACCUUUUUCUGAAAAAGAUCUGGUCCCUCGAUUGCUGCGAUGCGUUGGAAGUCUUCUUCGCUGAUAUCUCGGCUAUUCUAGCCAAGACUCGAGAAGAACAAAUCCGCGAUCGAGAUGCGGGCCUUGCACCGGAGACGGGCUGUAUGCGCCUGUCUCGGAGCUCUCCCUUGGGUGUAUUUGUCAGACGUUCCCAGCUAGAAUUCACCAGACUGCAAUUCCAUGACUCGGUCAAGCUCUGGAGGGGGUUUGUCAAGUAUCGACUGCCAACGUACCAUGUAUGGGCGCGGAAGAACCCAUCUCUAGAGCAGGCACCCGUGGAUAUCAAUCUGCUAAACCUUGGAUUGGAUACAACGGAUUCCCUUGCGCAGGUCGCCUACGGCAGUAUCGAGGAUGACUCGGAGGAUGAGCAGUACGUCAGCACAAAGGAUGUCGAGCGGCUCCUAGAAUUCCAAAUAAGCGAGCUACAGAGUCUGGGGGGAAGAGUGCCGGAUGGCAUGAAAGCACAAUUAGAACGCAUCAUCACGUCCGGUGUGACUGUUCCUAAUCUGGUGCACUAUCUGAGGUUCCUUGAUGCCUGGAGGGCAGGAGAUUAUCCGUCAUCAUUUGACAACCUGCACCGUUACUUCGACUGCACUAUGCACAGUCGCGACCGAAGCUCCUAUCAAUACGCGUUGCUUAAUCUUGCCAUCUUGCAGGCUGAUUUCGGAUGCUAUGGCGAGGCCGUCUCUGCCAUGCAGGAGGCUGUUUCCAUUGCUCGAGAAUCCCACGAUAUGAACUGCUUGAAUUUUUGUAUGAGUUGGUUGUAUCACUUCGGUAAGGCUUUCCCAGAGCACAUGAGAGACGUUCAAAACACAGGAAUGCUGGGCAACGAAAAGGAAGGUCUUGCAUUUCUUAAAGCCAAGGCAAAAGAAACAGAGAUGUGGAGUCUUCUGAGUACGACGUUAUUGAGCGAAGCGAAGCUGGAGAUGCGUAAUGGAGAAAGUCUGGCCUCGUCUAUCGAGAACAUAAUUAGAGCCUCACACCUCAACGUUACAAAGAACCUGGCCAACUCGGUAGGCCCGCAGCUUCUGCUACAGGCUGCACUUUAUUCUAGAAUUGGCAUCACACAUUUAGCAUGGCUGAGCGGCGAGACCUUUCGCGAAUGCUACGCAAACAAAGCACCGUUUGAAGACCAUCUCAAGAGCACGUUUCGUAGCUGUCAACUACUAGCACAGCAGGGCCGCUACACAGAGGUAUCAGCCCGAAUGAACCAGAUCUCCCCAGACAAGCUUCGAUCGCUCAAAACAUACCAAUAUUGGACCUUCUUCUCUGGUAUACUCCAGUUGCAACAGCAGAUAUACCGCGACAACCGAGUUGCAGCCGAACACCUCCUCGCUCAACUGCAAGCCAUCCAACUCCCUGACAACGACAUUACCCUUCUUCUUUCCAUCCUCACGAUCGACCUCCGUAUUCGACAAGGCCACUACGGCGGCGCGCUUGAACUGGUUGAAAAAGCCGCACAGGCUAUCCAGCAAGACAACUUUGACAUUUUCACGCAAGUCAAGCUCCUCUGUCUCAAGGCUUCCAUCCUCCAGAAGACAGGCCAUCCACAACGCGGCUUCUCCCUUGCCAUGAGAGCCGCCAGUAUCGCGCACCGCUCGCGUCUCCUUCCCAGCCUCUGGGAAUCCAUAUGCGUGCUGGCAGGAGUCCUUCUGAGCAUGCGCGAGGUCGAAGCCGUGUCUGAGCUGAUUGAGAGCAUCAUGCCGCAGAUUCUCGAAACGGGUGACUGUAGCUUGGCUGCACAGGCCUACUCGCUUCUUGUGGACGCGAAUAUGGGGAUCGCGGGCUCUCUCUGGAGUGAGGGACAGACGAACUCGGUUCUGCGGAAGGAACAUGUCACUCGCGCUUUGGGGUACCUCGACUGUGCAUAUGAACAAUAUGAGGAGAUUGAAGAUAUCAAGGGCCAAUGUGAAAUGGUGGCCAAGAAAGCCACUGUUAUGCAUUUAACGGGCGAUCCGGUCCUCGCAAAUGACUAUGCGGCGAAGUACUUGGACUUGAAGAGACAAGCAAGGAUAGACUUCGGGGAGGCUUGA